UUGUUUCUUAUUAUUGUGUUCCUUUUGACUGUUCUGUACCGUUUUGUGAAAGAUUAGUGUCAGAUUUCACUCUCUAACUACAAGUCUGUCCCAUGCCUUUUAUACUACUUCCUUGCUGUCAAAGACGUUACUGGCACAACAAGCUCCUGUUCUCUUCCUCCCACAGCCUCAGACUGCUGUGUAACAGCUUUGCAAUGGAGGAAACUGUGCCAGGAGUUGUACAGACCAGCGAGAAUCAGAAUGCGAUGAUGAAACACAGCAAACCUCUGCACCGCUUUACCCAAAAUCAGCCCAGAAGUUUUGGGAUUGUGGUGCUGAUGUUUGGGUGUGCUGAGGUUGUGAUGGGAUUUGUGAUGGCUGGUGCUGAUCUACAAACCUCAUUCAGCUUAUAUAUUCCUUUCUGGCAAGGAACAAUGUUUCUUGUAUGUGGAGUCCUGUCAAUCUACACUGAAUUACAUCCAUCCAAGAAGACGGUGACCAUAUGCCUGGCCAUGAGUGUGGUCUCUAUGUUGGGAAUUGUGCUCUCCUUUGGAUACAGGAUAUAUUUCCUCAUUGAUAGCACAUACCCUUACAGUUAUUAUAAUAAAGGACCUUAUCUUGAGGCACAGCUUUCUAUUGUGGUAGGCAUGUUGUUUGGAUCCUCUCUGUUUGUAUUUGGAGUUCUCGUCUUCUUCGCAGUCAUUGCACGUGCUGCUUUAAAAUCUACGCAUGAUCAGGUUAUUAUUCAGCACAUCGCAAUGCAGCCACAGAGUGAACUGUCUACCUAGGACCAACUUCCCCAAGCACUGUUUUACCCUCACAAAUCAGCACUGUGUUUUUUUAUCAGUUAAAUCCUAUAUUUUAAUGUGUCUGAGUGUGUUUGCGUGUUGUAUUAGUGUUCACUGGUUCUUUUAUACUUUUCAUG